AUGCCGAAAGUGAAGAGGAGCAGGAAGCCACCUCCGGAUGGCUGGGAGUUGAUUGAACCGACCUUGGACGAACUAGACCAAAAGAUGAGAGAAGGUAAUUUAGCUAGCCACCUAGCUAGCUAACUCCGCCCGUACCAAACGAGGCUCCGCUAACAUCCUUGCCCACACAAUGUUGACAUUAGUUAGCUAGGGUAUUCAACCAGUACUUAUGAUGUUAGCUAUAUUACCAAUCUGUUGUGUGAAUCUGACUUGGAUCAUUCCUGUUUUAUUGUAUGACGAGCUGUGACUAACUAACUUCUCCAUACCGAAUGAGGCUGCGCGUACAGCCAGAUGUCUACCCCUGUUUGCGUUAAGUUUAUGUCCCUUGUCUGUAUGUUAUCUUUUUUGUAUUGUGUGUUAUUGUUCAGAUACCUCGAAAAUCAAGGCCAAAAUGUUGACGUUAGAUAGCUAGCUUCUAAGUAACUACACUGAACAAAAAAUAUAAACGCAACAUGCAACAAUUUCAAAGAUUUUACUGAGUUAGAGUUCAUAUAAGGAAAUCCUUCAAUUGAAAUAAAUCAAUCAGGCCCCAAUCGGUGGAUUACACAUGACUGGGAAUACAGAUAUGAAUCUGUUGGUCACAGAUACCUUAAAUGUUACAGCUGUGAAUCAGAAAACCAGUCAGUAUCUGGUGAUUUGCCUCAUGCAGUACGAUACAUCUCCUUCACGUAGAGUUGAUCAGGCUGUUGAUUGUGGCCUUUGGAAUGUUGUCCCACUCCUCUUCAAUGGCUGUGCUAAAUAUUGACGGGAACUGGAACACGCUGUCGUACAAGUCGAUCCAAGCAUCCCGAACAUGCUCAAUGGGUGACAUGUCUGGUGAGUAUGCAGGCCAUAGAAGAACUGGGACAUUUUCAGCUUCCAGGAAUUGUGUACAGAUCCUUGCGACAUGGGGCCGUCCAUUAUCAGGCUGAAACAUGAGGUGAUGGCGGCGGAUGAAUGGCACGACAAUGGGCUUCAGGAUCUCAUCACGGUAUCUCUGUGCAUUCAAAUUACCAUUGAUAAAAUGCAAUUGUGUCCGUUGUCCAUAGCUUAUGCCUGCCCAUACCAUAACCCCACUGCCACCAUGGGGCACUCUGUUCACAACGUUGACAUCAGCAAACCGCUCGCCCACACGACGCCAUCUGCCCGGAACAGUUGAAACCGGGAUUCAUCCAUGAAGAGUACACUUCUCCAGCAUGUCAGUGUCCAUUGAAGGUGAGCGUUUGCCCACUGAAGUCGGUUACGACGCUGAACUUCAGUCAGGUCAAGACCCUGGUGAGGACGACGAGCACGCAGAUGAGCUUCCCUGAGACUGUUUCUGACAGGUUGGGCAGAAAUUCUUCGGUUGUGCAAACCCACAGUUUCAUCACCUCUCCGGGUGGCUGGUCUCAGACGAUCCUGCAUGUGAAGAAGCCGGAUGUGGAGGACCUGGGCUGGUGUGGUUAUACAUGGUUUGCGGUUGUGAAGCUGGUUGGACAUAAUGCCAAAUUCUCUAAAACGACGGAGGCCGCUUAUGGUAGAGAAAUUAACAUUAAAUUCUCUGUCAACAGCUCUGGUGGACAGUCCUGCAGUCAGCAUGCAAAUUGCACGCUCCCUCAAAACUAGAGACAUCUGUGGCAUUGUGUUUGACAAAACUGCACAUUUUUAGUGGUCUUUUAUUGUCCCCAGCACGAGGUGCACCUGUGUAAUGAUAGUGCUGUUUAAUCAGCUUCUUGAUAUGCUACACCUGUCAGGUGGAUGGAUUAUCUUGGCAAAGGAGAAAUGCUCACUAACAGGGAUGUAAACAAAUUUGUGCACAACAUUUGAGAGAAAUAAGCUUUUUGUGUGUAUGGAACAUUUCUGGCCUUUUUUUAAAUAUUUUAUUUCAGCUCAUGAAACAUGGGACCAACACUUUUACAUGCCGUGUUUAUUAUUGUUGUUCAGUUUAGCUAGUUUAGGGUAAUCAACCCGCCAACUAGUAGCUACUUAGCUAGCUACAAUAUAAAGUUGAUGUAUGAAUGUGAAUCUUGGAUUAUUCCUGUUUUGUAUUGUGUUUAUGACGAGCUGCGACUGUCUCCUUCCAGCCGAGACGGAGCCUCACGAGGGAAAGCGGAAGGUGGAGUCCCUGUGGCCGAUAUUCAGACUGCAUCAUCAGCGGAGCCGAUAUAUCUUCGACCUGUUCUACAAGAGGAAGGCCAUCAGCAGAGGUGCAGUAGUAACCUCCAAGACAGGGUUAAUGUUAGUUUGGGUUAUUUUAGAUGAGGUAUAAUGCUCUUUCUCUGUGUGUGUGUAUAUGCAGUAGGAACCUCCAAGACAGGGUUUAAUGUUAAAGGUUGGGUUAUUUUAGAUGAGGUAUAAUGCUCUUUCUCUGUGUGUGUUUGUGUGUGGGUGUGUAUAUGCAGUAGGAACCUCCAAGACAGGGUUUAAUGUUAGGUUGGGUUAUUUUGGGUGAAGUAUAAUGCUCUUUCUCUGUGUGUGUGUAGAGCUGUAUGACUACUGUAUAAAGGAGAGUUAUGCUGAUAAGAACCUGAUAGCGAAGUGGAAGAAGCAGGGAUAUGAGAACCUGUGCUGCCUCCGCUGCAUCCAGACACGAGACACCAACUUUGGAACUAACUGCAUCUGUAGAGUCCCCAAGAGCAAACUGGAAGUGGUGAGGACUGCAACACUCUAG